ACGCAGUUUUAUCCCUCUUUUUCAUCGGUGUUAAUAAUGGAAAGACACUUAAUGGACUCUCAAAUCAAAGGCGUUAGCACAGGCACCACCAUCUUGGCAGUGACGUUCAAUGGAGGGGUUAUCAUCGGCUCAGAUUCCAGGGCGUCCAUUGGAGGGUACUACGUGUCCUCUAAGACCAUCAACAAGCUGAUCCAGGUCCAUGACAGGAUAUUCUGCUGCAUCGCCGGCUCCCUGGCAGACGCUCAGGCCGUCACCAAGGCUGCCAAGUUCCAGAUCUCCUUCCACAGUAUCCAGAUGGAGUCCCCUCCUCUGGUGAAGGCAGCAGCCUCCGUGUUGAAGGAGCUGUGCUACAACAACAAGGAGGAGCUGCAGGCCGGCUUCAUCACUGCAGGCUGGGACAGGAAGAAAGGGCCACAGGUUUACACAGUGGCCCUGGGCGGUAUGUUACUCAGUCAGCCGUUCACCAUCGGAGGAUCAGGCAGCACGUACAUCUACGGUUACGCCGACGCCAAAUACAAACCUGACAUGAGCAAAGAGGAGUGCCUACAGUUUGCUACAAAUGCUCUUGCCCUGGCUAUGGGCAGAGACAAUGUCAGCGGGGGCGUGGCACACCUGGUAGUGAUCACGGAGGAGGGGGUGGAGCAUAUUGUCAUCCCUGGAGACAAGCUGCCCAUGUUCCACGACGAGUAGUGACACUUCAAU